CUUCAUUUCUAAUUAUUCUCGAAAUCGAGGAAGCUGCCUCGCAACUUCACAUCCGACGGUCCGGCCUCAAAUAUUUAUUACUUAAGCAAAAUUUCAUACAAUUUCAACACUAUAUAUACACCUGUUAUUUUCCUUAAUUUCCUACAGUAUUCCUUGCAAGAAUGGCGAUUGCAGGCAUAGCAAGAUCAUUCGCCGGCAGAGCUUUCAAGCUCCGCCUCCCCUUCCGCCGUCGUUCCAAGCCCAAAACCCAAGACCCUUCUCCUGAAACCACCACCCACGGCGGUGGCGGGCUGAAAAGUAGUAAGGAAGAAGAGUUCCGGCAGGUUUUUCGGUACUUCGAUGCAAACAACGACGGCAAGAUUUCCGCCGAGGAGUUGAGUGCUUAUUUCGCGUCCACAGGCGAUACCGUGUCGCUCGAGGAGGCCGAGAAGAUCAUACGGGAGUUCUCGAACGACGGCGCCGAGGAGUCGUUGUUGUUGGAGUUCGGGGAGUUCGUGCGGAUGAUGGAACUGCGAGACGCCGAGGAUGAUAAGGUUCUCAGGCAGGCUUUCGAGGUGUACGUGGUGGAGAAGGACGGCGGGUGCAUCACGCCGGAGGGGCUCCGGCAGGUGCUCCGCCGUCUUGGGGACGUGAAAUCGCAUCAGGAAUGUGAGGCCAUGAUUCGGGUUUUCGAUCUUGAUGGGAAUGGGGUGCUGGAUUUCCAUGAAUUUCAUAAAAUGAUGACCUAGAUUGUUCUCGACAUUUUUGAACAAUUAAGAAAAGCUGAUUCCUCCAUUGCAACUGAUGUUAAUCUAGUUCACAAUUGAUGUUUUUAAGAUUGUAUAUAAAUACUUGGAAUUGAGUAUGUGAAUUUGGAUGAAAUUAUGACAUAAUCAGUGCACUUUGCGGCUGGUCAAUUGUGUUGCACAAAGAUUGUAAGUGUUUGACUAUGUAUGAUUUUGGU